UUACAAAGACAGUUCCUCAGUUCAUUUUGUAGGCGUUCCUGUAAAAAUCUUUCUACGGUUUAAAUCCAAUUGAUGUGGAUACGAGUUUCGUCUCGAUAUCUCUUCUGUAGACGUUACCGCAAAAUACAUAUGCAAACAGAUUGUUCAAAAGUGGAUUCGGAUGUGUUUUCGAACUUCUUCCCGUAUUUUUUUAUCCGAUCAAUAGCUAAUCAAGAAUGUAAGAAGCUGGUUGCAGAACUGUUUAUUCCAUAUUCGAUCCCAGCUUCAACUAAUUUUGAAGUUCAGCAGGAUCGUAAGCAACGACGAUUUUCUUUUGAAUGUUCAGUUCACGAACCCUUAUCGGUUUUCUUCACUCGUCUUAUAUCUUCCAUUAAUGGCCAGUAUUUGAAAGGAAGGAAUAUAUCAACCAAUAACAGAGUUUAUUUAGCUACAAAAGCUAACUUGGUUUGCAAAAGUACAGAUGGAUCUACUGCUUUAACAGAAUUUAGUAAUGACAAGACUCUUGAAGAUUGUUUUCUAUCAGACUCUACUGAUAAUAAUGCUAGUAAACCGUAUCAAUUAUUGUUGCAAAUAAACUUUUCCAUGCAUGACUAUCCUGAAAAAAAUACCUUGCUUGUUUAUGUUGUCCAGAGAAACCCAGCACAUAUAAUCCAAUGCCGUUUAAAUACAAUUCCAAUGGUGGGUUGCCCUGUUGUACCGCUUCUCGAAGGAGAAAAUAUAUGUCUGACAAAUUCUGAAUUUCUAUGGUUUGUUGGACAGUCUAAAAAAUGGCCAGAUAAACCGUGUCACAAAGGCUUCUUAUUCAUACCAACUGAAGAUCAUGUUGGUUUAUCAAUUCAGUUGAAAGUUCGUGUACGUGACAUUAAAGGUAUGGCCGGUGUCCCAUUCGGAACAAACAAAUUUUUUGAUCCUUAUGGACAACCGAUUGAAUGCAAAUCACCUGUACUUAUAGCUCCUAAUCAAGUAUUUCAUCAACAGAGGUAUAAGUGGAUUGAAAGCAAUCAAUUAGAUUCACAACAUUUACGUGUUGUAAGUUACAAUAUUCUGGCCGAAAUGUAUGCUCGAUCUGAUUUUGCUCGUGCCCAUAUAUUCAAACAUUGCCCAGAGGCUUGUAUCAGUUCAGCCUACCGAUUACCGUUGAUUUUACGUGAACUGUUUUCUUAUCAGUCGGAUUUUAUCUGCCUUCAAGAAGUCGAUCGAUGGGUUUACGACAAAUACCUUCUAAAUGCUUUAAGAUCCCAUCGAAAUAUGGACGGCAUAUUCUUAGCCAAAAGAGCAGUCAUAACUGAUCCAAAUGAUCCGGCUAAAGUUAAAGUUGACACAGAAAAAGAAAAGGGUGAAGGUUGUGCAAUCUUCUAUCGUCGUGCUCGGUUUGAACUUGUGUCGAAAUGCGGCCUACCAUCGAUACUUCAUUAUGCAUCAACCGUUCCAUUUUUAUCAACUAUGUUAAACAAUUUCAAUUCCACAACCUUAAGUUGUAGCUCAACGGGCCAUUCAUUUAGUGAAGAGAAUACCGAAACCCAUAUUCAAAAGUCAUUAUCGCAGUGUCUGAUCAGUGGGAUAUUUCGAGAGAAGUCGACCACAUCACAAUCUCAUUUACUGAUUGUUUCUAAUGCCCACUUCUAUUUUCAUCCUUCAGCUAGUCCGAUUCGAAUAAUUCAAGCGCGUACAGUUCAUUACUACUUAUCAAAACUUGCUAUGGAUUACAGACAGUCGGAUAAUAAACCAAUUCCAAUUGUUUUUUGUGGGGAUAUUAAUCAGUGUCCAGGUAGUGAUGUGUAUACCGCUCUCACUCAAGGUGAUGGAUGCCCAUCUGAUGAGGAGGUUGCUUACCAGCCUAUAUUUGAAUCAGCUUAUGUAAAUAAUCCACCUGAAUUUACUAACUGGGUGCCUGGAUUUCACAAUGUUUUGGACGUUAUACUGUAUAAUACAGACUCAGAUUUAAAAUGUAUUCAUGUGUUGCCUAUUGAUCCACUGGAGAAAAUCCAAGAGUUGUUGAUUCAGUUAAUCAAUGAGAAUGGUCAAAUUGUGCAAGAUUCUAGCGAAUUGGGUCUCCCAAACGCCUAUUUCCCAAGUGAUCAUAUCGCACUUGUAGCUGAUUUUUCAUGGGACUCUUUAGAACAUACAAGUGAAUAGUUCUUCAUGUAUAACUACAGGAAAGAAAAUGAACUUAUUAAAAACAAUGAUAAUCGUCAUCUUUUUAUUAGAUAAAUCAGUCAAUCUAAUAUAGAUCUAGUUUUGAUAAAUUUGAAGUGAUAGACACUUGUUUUUUUAAAGAUAAAUCUUAAAAUUGAGAUAACCGUAAUGUAAACAAUAUUUUGUUGUGAUGGUUGCUAUUUUCUGUGUUUACUUUGGUUUUCUCAAACGUUUCUUCUCAACAUAGUGUUGUUUUCGCCCUUAUCAUCCUGUUCUGGAUCAUAUGUAGAUUCUGAUUGACAUUCUACAGACACCACUUCAAAUCUUCCUGUAGAACUGGAAGCUAUAAAAUAAAAGCAUUAAAGUAGUCAAACGAUUGUAAUUGUGGAAUAAAUUUUUGUACAGUGUCAAUUUAUUAAAUAAUUACUGGAUGAAACAAA